CACCUGCAUGUGAAAGAAUCAUUCUACAUUACAGAAUAACUGCCUUCAUUUGGCGCUCUCUGCAAACUAACCAAUUCACCUCUCUCUCUCUCUCAAAAGCAAGAAAGUCAAGAAACUAUUCAUCUAUGGCAGACAAAGAUCACAAUCAAACUGAUGUUGGCAUCAAAGAUCAAACUCAAACUGAUGUUGACAGCAGUACCCGAAUUGCCAGAAAUGGCUGUUUCUGUUGAAAAAUUCAUUCAAAGGAUCAAUGUAUCUCCCGGGAUAAGCAGGGAGACAAUCGAAGCAAUGAGCGAAGCAGUCAAGAAAAGCUCCGAAGCCCAUAGGUUACUAGCUGACGAAGCCACCAAAAUUUAUCAUGAAGCGGUCAGGGAAAGCUCCCAAGCCCGUAUGUUACAAGCUGACGAAGCCACCAAAAUUUAUCCUGAACUUGAGAAUACAUUUGCAAAACUGAAUGAUACCAAUUCUGAAAUGGAUCGACGGGUGCUUGAAUCUGCCAAUAAGAUCAUGGAACUGAAGAAAGGCCGAGAAGAAUCCAUGAAGUUAUUCAAUGAGACGAGGGAUAUCAGUCAUGCAAGAAACCAUAGUAAAGUAAGAGGAAAGAUUGAUUCUGUGAAUCACUGGCUGAAAAAAAAGAUUAUCGACAUUGAUGAAACCAUGAAAGAGGAAGAUAGUGCAACUGGAUUUGAUCAUUCUGCUACUCUUGGAAAGGAGCAAGAUGUUCUUGGUUUGAGGAAUGGCAGUGACGACACAGAGGGAAGCCGAAAAGGGCAGAAACUAGGGCAUGAACCUCACAAGUUCUCUGUGCUUCUCGUGGAAUAUGACACUUCUGCUCGAAUACACAACAAGACGCAGAUAAUCCAAUUUAUAGGGAGAAAUAAUCUUGGGGUGAAAUUUCAAGUUGCCGAAAAUGGACAGCAAGCUGUUGAUCUUCAUAGUCGUGACAAGGCUUCUUUUAACCUCAUUCUCAUGGAUAUGGAUAUGCCUGUUCACGUUGCCACUGGGCCUGAGGCAACAAGAUCGCUGCGAGCCCUCGGUGUGAAGAGUAAGAUUGUUGGUUUCAGCUCCGAGUCUGAAUCUGAGAAGAUAGAUCAGUUCAUUAGUGCAGGCCUAAAUGGAUGCUUUAAAAAGCCACUGACUGUCGAAAAGAUUGCUCCUUUCCUUCCUCCUCCCAGUUCCCAACAGGCAAUAACUGACUCACCGCAGGAAGACAAAGGGCUGAUUGAUCCCUAAACUUUAUAACUCGAGUUUUGGGUGUAAUUGGCCUGUGUCACUUUCUUUUCUUUUCUUUCUUUUGUUUUUUUUUUAGCCAUGAGCAGUUGAGCACCUCCCUCGAUUAAUCCUUCAAACCCUGAAAUUAUCACUUUCUUUUAUAGCUUGUUGUUGUACAUAAUGUAGCUGUAUAAAUGAUUGUUGAACCAAACUUGGAAGUUAGGAGAGGGUAAAAGACUUGGCUAAUUCGUACAGAUUUGGCUAAUUCGAAAUCUAGCAGAGCUGACUAGCUUAACUGGAAACUGUGUGCUGUUUUAGCUUUUGUGCUAUAUCUCCAAGAAAAUAAAUGACGAGGACAAAACUUCUUAUUGUA